GCUGGGGGCGCCGCCAUGGUGGGGCGGCUCAGCCUGCGCGAAGUUCCCGAGCUGCCCGACGCCAGGAAGCGGGGCGACGCGGGGCUCGACAGCCCCGACUCCGGGCUGCCCCCCAGCCCCGGACCCGCCCAUCCACACUGGCCGCUCUCCGCCGGGAGUCCGGAGCGAACCGCGCACAACGGACUGCCGGAACCCGAAACCCAUGCGUCCGUCUCCGCGGCUGCGAAUUCCACGUUCUCUCCCAGCCCUGCUCUCUCCAGCUGCCCUCCAAGACUGUGUCCUUUAUCCUUUGGUGAAGGCGUUGAGUUUGACCCUUUGCCACCAAAGGAAAUAAGGUACACCUCCUCAGUGAAAUACGACUCAGAGAAGCACUUCAUCGACGACGUCUACAUGCCCGUGGGCUUCAGCGUUUCCUCCUGCAGCCAAACCAUCGUCUGCGUCCCCGACUGCACGUGGCGCAGCUACAAAGCCGAGCUGCGUUUCCAGCCCCGCAACAAAGCCCAGCGCUUCACCAGCACCACCAUCGUCUACCCGAAGCACGCCAAGACUGUGUACACCACCACCCUGGAUUACAACUGUCGCAAAUCCCUGCGGCGUUUUCUCUCCAGCGUCGAGCUGGAAACCUCUGAGUGUUUCGGGAGCGAUUGCGUCCUGGAUGGCUGCUGAGCGGCGGCUGUCCCCGGUGCUCCGAUCCGUCCCGGUGCUCCGAUCCAUCCCGCUCCCAUCUCACCACGCUAUCGCUCUCUGUUUGCUGCGCUGGAUGCAGAGCCCACCUUUGCAGUCCCCACCUCUUGCUCAGCUCCUAUUCCUGCUUUAAGCGUCAGGUGGUUUUCGGUGGGGGUGUGACUCAGUGAGGGAUUUCUUUGCUGUUAAAGGGUUCCCUCCCCUACCCCGCAGUGCAGAUGGAAAGAAGGGGAAGCGUUUUCCCGGAGAAAAAAAUAAUAGAAUGUGGGAUAGCGUUGGGCUGGGGGAAGUGUAUUGGAUGCUUUGUGGGGAUGUGCAAAGAUAAGGGCUGUUCAGUCUUGCGGACAAACCACCAGGUCUCUGGGUUAGGUACAGCCAGAGCUGUCAUUCAUUUUGGUUUGGAUUAUGGGACUCUCAUCUGGAAGUUGGCCUCCUGGAAUCUGCUGGAAAGAGCUAACAGAAAGUCUGGGGUGCUGUGCUUAACAGAUCUGAAAAUGUUAUCCAAUGGCAUUCGUGUCUGCUCUGAAGGUAUGAUUUGGAAAGAAGUGUAGAGCAGGAGAGAAACUGCUUUUGCAGCUCCAGGCAGCAGAGAAGGGAUGAGGACGGGGUAACAGCUUGGGCUGCAGGAAACUGCUGCCAUGUGCAGCAGGAGAGUUGUGGGGCCAAAGGGAGCAACUUCAGGUUGCAAUGGCAGCUCUCAACCUGCAUCUAAUGAGGAUUUAGUGAGUUAGAGACCCGGGAGCCUGUCCUGGAGCUGUGCUUAGGGUGUGUAUGUGCACGUGGGGUGAGUGGUGUGGAAAUGUACUUCAGCAUGAACUGAUCUGGGAGACUGCAACAGGGAAGCAGGCGUGAGUUGGUGCGGUUUGUUUUGUCGUCCUUUUGGUUUUGUACUUAUUUAUUAGCUCAGAACGGAACGUCCUUCAUCUUUGCUUCAGGUAACCAAAUCCCAAAACAGUUCCAGGGUGGCAAAGGUUCAGGUGGGCUCUGCUCCAGGAUGAAGAGCAGCACGGUGUUGUCAUUAAACACAUCAGCUUCAGACAGCGGAAUUUAGGGGGUGCAUCUCAAAUCCACACCAAGAUGGUCCCUUAAACACAACCCCAAGGUGGCACAACCUGGUUUUUAUGAAGCAAGCCGAUGCCUUUUAAUGUAUUUUAAUUAGUAGAGAUACUUUUUACUUUUUAUUUAUGCUCCAACAUCUGCAAAGCUCUGGUCAGCUCUGUGCAAACGCUCUGAUGGCUGUGGAGUUUGUCCCCCCCUCUCAUUUUCAGUUGUCUUUUACUUUACUGAUAAUAAACCAUCUGAAAAGCGUAA